UAAAAGCCAAGAUAACGUUUCUUCCUCUUGGAUUUUGACCAAGAUGGUUGCAGUGUAGGGGGGGUGUACCAUAGUAGCUGGGCGUGUCUGCCGCUCUACUGUAAUAUAAAGGGACCUAGAUGUAUAGGCACUCAUCUUGUUAGGUUCAAUUCUUGUAGAUUUAAUACAGGUCAAUCAAAAAGGAGCAAAAUGAGUCUGACAGCAAAGGACAAAUCUGUGGUCAAGGCCUUCUGGGGCAAGAUUAGUGGAAAGGCAGAUGUCGUCGGCGCUGAGGCUUUGGGAAGGAUGCUGACCGCCUACCCCCAGACUAAGACCUACUUCUCCCACUGGGCUGACCUGAGCCCCGGCUCUGCCCCAGUCAAGAAACAUGGAAGCACCAUCAUGGGUGCAAUUGGUAAUGCUGUCGGACUGAUCGACGACCUCGUCGGAGGACUGAGUGCUCUCAGCGAUUUGCACGCCUUCAAGCUCCGCGUUGACCCUGGAAACUUCAAGAUUCUGUCCCACAACAUCCUUGUGACCCUGGCUAUUCACUUCCCUGCGGAUUUCACUCCCGAAGUGCACAUUGCUGUGGAUAAAUUCCUUGCAGCCUUGUCCGCUGCCCUGGCUGACAAAUACAGAUAAAUUGUAGUUCAGUUCCUGCGCUGUUGUUAUCACAAUAAAAUAAACGGGCAAUGAAUUAAGUUA